AUGGCACCCUCAGGCCCUCGUUCUCAGCGCAACGCGCGCGGCGCGACGACAUUAAAUAAGACGACAGGCCGUCCCUCUGGUAUCAAGAAACGCGGCGCUGGCGGGCCUACAAAAACCGACAGAGAUGGCGAUCUAGACAUGGACACAUCAGCCGGCGGCAGCGGCUCUGGUCGUGGCGCUCGUCAGUCGAAGAACAACAAGCCAGAUCCGCCCGCAGGACCACGGCGAUCUACCCGGUCUACCCCUGCUGGUGGCCGUGGCCCAAAGCCCACAACCCGAGCGGCAGACAUGGUCAAAAAGAUUAUCGAGGGUGGUUCGGGCAACCUGUCCUCGCGUAUCGCAGCAGGCAUCGAUACAUCCACGAGACACACCCGCUCUUCGCGUCCAAUCAAUGGCGCAAACAUCACAACUCUAAGAAUUGGCGGUUUAAAGGACAGCAAAGCGGCCAGUAACGAAGGCGGUGGUCUGAGAGAGCUCAUCAUCUUCGUCGAGCGAAAGGCAUCCGUCGUUGGCAAGCUUGCCCGGUCCGUUCGUGUCAAGAAGUCAUCAAUCAGGGGUGACUUCGUAUACAUCACAGCAAGUAAGGACGAUGCGGAGGAAAUUUUGAAACUUAACAACUUUGAUUUCGCCGGUGCCCGCCUCACUAUAGAAGAAGUCACCGAGGAAACAGCUGCUCCUUUGUCCGACAAGUCGGCGCAGAUCAAGGAACAGCUCAAAUCAGUUCUAGCCGUGCGGUACAACCAGGAAGCAAAGCUUCUCGACUUGUCGCAUCUCAGCCAAGACCCCACCCUCCAGCAGAUGGAAAUGUUCACACAAGCCACGCCAGAAAAGCUAUUCAAGGCCUUCAUGGUCAUUAUGGAUGACACCUUCAAGACGGCCCAAGCUAAACGAGAUGGCGUCAUCAGCAUCAGCCUAAAAGGCAACAACAUCGAUGAUGCUGCUCAGAUCAUGUCUCUUGCCGACACUUUCCCAGAUCUGAUUAAUCUUGACCUGUCCGGGAACCAGUUCAAGGACUCGAAGGCCUUGAGAAAGUGGAGCAAUCGCUUGCGAAAACUCGAGACUCUACUCUUGAACGAGAAUCCAGUCGCCACGGACCAGUCCAGCGCGGCUGAAUUCAUGAAAUGGUGGCCUCGGCUACAAAAUUUGAGCAAUAUCCAAGUGAGGUCCAAAGAAGAGGUUGAGGCGGCUGCGCAAGGUCCCAAGGUCUUCCCAAUCCCACAAUUUGGUUCCGACUUUCGUGACGUCAAUCGCAUUGGCGAGGCCUUCAUUACCGAGUUCUUCGGCUUGUAUGAUACCGAUCGACAAAGUCUUGCCGCAAAGUACUACGACGAUCAGAGCGUAUUUUCGUUCUCAGUCAUGGUUGCCCAAGCGCAUAUUCCCGGUUCAUCAUUGACCUGGACAGAUUACAUCAAGCUCUCUCGGAACCAUGUCAAGAUCACGACACAACACGCUAGAUACCAGCGCCUAUUCGUAGGCACGGGACUUGUGCAGAAUGCGUGGUCAAAGUUUCCUCCCACGAGACACCCGGCACUUGCUACCGACUUCACCAAGUACAUCAUUGAUUGUCAUCCAAUGACCGGCCUUGCUGACCCAACGGGCCAGAGUCCUGGUGGCGUCGACGGUAUGAUCAUCACCAUGCAUGGAGAAUUCGAGGACCAAGAGCAGAGCACCCAGAAGACCGCCAGAAGGAGUUUCUCACGCACCUUUAUCCUUGGACCUGGUCUUCCAGGUAGGCAUGAUAUUCGCGUCGUUAGCGAUCUACUGCAACUGAGGGCGUAUGCCCCUCUACCUGCUCAGACAGGCGCAUCCGACGUUCCGACAGCAACGAUAACAGCACCUGCUGUAGAUGCAGCUACACAGCAAGAACAAAUGACACUGGAGCUCUGCAAACAAACCGGCAUGACUCCUGAAUAUUCCAAAAUGUGUCUCGAGACAGCUGGUUGGAACUUUGACCAGGCAUUACUUACGUUCAACGAGAAGAGGGCAUCACUUCCCGCUGACGCGUUUGCCCAACGUCUCAUGUGA